UGACAGUCGACUGCGGGAGCUGGCCGGCGGUGGAGAGAGAGAACUGUGGCUCAUUUCUCUAUAACGGGAAUACUCUCUUCUCCAGUCCGCUGCUGCUGCCUCUUCUCUAUAUAUUUCUCAUUUCCUUUAUCUGAAGACGACUUUGGAUUUAUACUACGCAGCACCCAUCUUCUAAUCUUUUGCUUGGAAUAUACCGUUAGCGUGUGUGAGUUCCGUUUUGUUGAACUGCUUAUACAAAUGUAGUGAAUGUGCGUUUAACGGUUUGAAAAUUGUUAGUUGUGAAGUAGAACGUGGAGGUUUCAGUGUUGUGUGACUUAGCUAGUGCUUCGUGGAACACUUAAGGUUGUUUGUCUUAUAUAUUUUUGGAAGAAGAAGCAAAUUUCUACUGUGAUGUGUAAGGCCAAGCGAAAAGAGUAAGUGAGAAUUAAUCGAAAACAAAGCUCAAUCACGACAAUUUAAUACCUCAAUAAGUCUAAAAGAUAUAGAAUAAACAAAGAAAAUUCUACGAUGAAAUAUUCAUACGCUGCUAUACAUAUUUAAAAUGAAACCUGUGUAAUGACUACAGUAUACAAGUGAAUUGUAUAUGGUUUGCGAAGGCUGUGGCGGUGUGAGUGUGGGUGUGGGGGUGUACCCGGAUCUUGGCUCGAGGAGUGUGUCAUGCUGGCCCACACCGCGGGAAUCUCCUCCCUCCUCCACCACCGCACCAUCAUGCGUCUCGGCCUCCCUCUCGCAGCUCCUUGGCCUGGCUCAGCUUAGCACCAUGACCAUUUUGUCUUCAUACAACCCGGAUGUGGCGCCCGUGGUGGUGGGUGAGCGCGGGGUAGCGGGCGGGUGCCUACUGGCCGCUAUGUCCGGGGUGGAGGCGCCCCCUGAGGCAGCUCCGUCACCGCCGCCCUCGCCCCCCCACCCCCUGCACACACACCCUAACAAGGCACACCAUGAGCCUGCCUCCAGCGGGGAAGGUCACGUGGCCCCGGGGGUGGAGCGCAGCCUCCGCAAGCUGGAGAACGAGGACAGCAGCUACGACAGUGACUUCGAGCCCAAUGAGUGCACUCCUGCGUCCCCACGACCCGACGAUGAUCAGCACGACGACGUGUACCGAACGGUGUCGGACACGCUCGGGGCCGAGUUCGCCGAGUAUGUUACCAUCAGCCAUGGCGCUCCCACAUCCUCGACCGUCACUCCAACUUCCGCCAGUUUCACCACUGUUGCCCCCACUUCUUGUGUCACCUCCACCACCACCACCACCACCUCCACCACGCCCACCAGCCUCACUUCCACCACAGCCACGUCACCCUCAGCCACCGUGCGCCCAGCCACAGCAUCGUCAUCGCCUACCCCCAGCACCACCACCGCACCCUCCGAGACCAGACCGGCGUCUCCCGCGGUGCGCUCAUCCUCAGCUUCGUCGUCCGUCUCUCCGCCCGCUGUUUCCGUUACGCCGCCCGCGCCCACGCCCCAACCCAGCUCAGUCAGCACCCCACCCACAGUGACGCUCACACAGCCCCCAGCUACACUUAGAACCAGUACCGUUGGCGCCCCGACUUCAGCUGUGACCACAGGCAGUGGGGCAUGUGUGUCGACCAGCUCCAGUGGCAGCAGUCAGUCGCUGGAGCAGGGCGUGUCAUGGGUGGUUCAGCGCCCCGGAUACGCCUCUCAGGUGGAAUUCGGAGUCAAGUUGGGUUAUUCGGAGGCCCUGGUGCAGCUGGCCCUAGUCAAACUCGGGGGAACGCCCGACAAGGACGAACUAUUGGCCGAACUCAUUAGGUUAGGGACAAGUACACCUCGAAGCGAGGGGGACACCGAGGCCAGUGACGACGUCACAGAUGUCAAGGAGGAGUCAGAUCAACAGCAGUCGUCUCUCAAACCCAUCAUCAUUGACGGUAGCAACGUGGCCAUGAGCCAUGGAAACAAAAAGACGUUUUCCUGCCGGGGCUUGAGAGUGUGCGUGGAGUGGUUCCGCGCCCGGGGCCACACAGGAAUCACCGUUUUUGUUCCGAAGUGGAGGAAGGAGGCACCGCGAUGGGACACGCCCAUUCAGGACCAAGAGAUCCUUCUGGAGCUCGAACGAGAGAAUGUCUUAGUGUUCACACCCUCCAGAGUAUGUGGUGGCAAGCGAAUCGUUUCGUACGAUGACCGUUACAUCCUCAACGAGGCUGUUGCUUCCAGUGGAAUUGUUGUCAGCAAUGACAAUUACCGUGACCUGGCAGCAGAGUCGUCCCAGUUCCGACGAGUCAUAGAAGAGAGUCUACUCAUGUACUCGUGGGUUAAUGGUCGCUUUGUGCCACCUGAUGAUCCUCUAGGACGUAAUGGUCCCACUCUUGAUGCCUUCCUGCGAAGGGGACCCGGUGGGACAGGAUCAACCAGGGACCCACGACAAGCACCAUGCCCUUAUGGCAGGAAGUGCACCUACGGCAACAAAUGCAAAUACAUGCAUCCGGAACGGGGCGCUGCACCCCUCAAGUCAGUGACGGAGCGAUUGCAAGAACAGGCACAGCGACAUUACCAGAACAAGGCCAAGACUAGAGAUUCCUCGCCAGGUGUAGAUAUCCGGGGCAAAAGUUUAUCAUUACCAGUGGGAGUCACAGAUGCAGAAGUGCCAAAGAAACCACUGACACGCACCCAGAGUACAGUACCCCCCAUGUCUCUCACCCUGCCAUCUGCCCUCACCCAGGAAACCCCGACCCAUGAUCUGGGACCUACCAGUUCAACGUCUGUAGCCUCUCCACACACUCACCAUCACCUCAUGCCCCCACAGCACAUGGAGUCUCGUCCUCUAGACCCACUACGAUCUUCAUUAUAUAAAAGUGAGACUUCUCUGUAUCAUAUGUACCCAUCACAAACUCCACAAGGCAAUUUUGGGUCCUCUCCAUGGCCAUGGAAAGGUCAAGGAGCAGAGUUACCUCUAAGAUCAAUGCCCUCUCCGCAAGGAGCGCCAUCUCAAAGCCAGUCUCCAGGCUAUGCAUCGCAUAUACCUGUAAGCAAACAACUGUCAGAUCCAGAUCCUGCUGCCUCUGGGAAUCCACAUAAGAAGUUACAGCGGCAGCUUACUUUAAAUCCUACAUUUGAUUCUCGUCUGUACAAGAUGGCUGGUUACAAGGAACCUGCCCCAGAACAUUUCCCAAUUGUUAGUCCUGUUCAGCAGCAGCAGCAGCAGCAACAGCAACAGCAGCAACAAGAACAGCAACAACAGCAACAGCAGACUGGGAGUCAAGGGUCUCCUAGUAGGUCUAUUGGUAGAGAUGAUGCUCUUGUAUAUUCCCAAGCAGGAGCUGGGAUGACUGGGCGCAUUUCACCUGGAUAUUCUUCCCCAUAUGGUAGUCGAGAGCAACUGCAAGCUAUCCACCCUCCUCUUGCUCGUCAUUCCUCAUCACAGGAGGGUGCGAAACACAUGCCAACAUUACCACCCCAUCUCUAUCCUUCAUAUACUCAUCCCCAUGUCACACGCUUUGCCUCUGCACCAGAUCCUAUAUGGGGAGGUCAGCAGCAACAAAACACGCCUGGUCCACCACACAUCACACGCCUGAACUCCACAUCUGAUACAAGGCUGAAUGUAUAUGGCUGCAGUAGUGAAUCGCAGCUGUUUUCUGAAGUUCCAGUAUUUGAUGAUCCAAUGAAUCGCCUAACACAGUUCCACCCAGGAGGACAACACCACAAUACUAGUCCUGGACCAGGAGCUGCAUCACCAGGGCCAAUUGGCUCAAGGCCCAUGUCUCCUCAGCAUGGCAGUGUUAUGCAUCAUUCUCCAGGUGUAUCUCCAAGACAGCACAUACCAUCACAGCAGACAUCCUUAGGUUUAUCGUCUAGUUUUCCAAGCCCUAUGAGUGGAGCUGCAAGCCAUGAAGAUGUCCGGCUGCGUAUUUUCUAUCAUCUUUCCAACUUGUUCCCUGAAGCUCAGGUACGAGCAGUACUAGCCAUGUAUCCAGAGGAGACAGACCCUCAGAAAAUAUGUAGCUACAUCUUAAGUCCUAACCAUGGACCUGUGGGGUCACGGCCUAUGUCUCCACAACAGCCAUCUCAACCUGGUGUGGGACGGCAGUCACAAGGUGUUCAGGGUUCAUCUUCUCCAACAGCUGCUUUUCCAAGCUCUCUUCCUACUACAGCAUCCAGCCAUGAGGAUGCACGCUUUCGUACGUUCUACCAUUAGUUUUAAUUUUUUUCCAAAAGCUCAAGUGCAUACUGACCUGGCCAUGUGUCCUAGUAAAAUUAAGGACUAGAUGUAUGCCACCUUAGUAAGGUCUGGUAAAUAUCAGUCCCCAGACUUUGCACAAAGUACCUAAAAAUUGAUGUAUUGCAUCAGGCACAUAAUUAUAGCAUAUCAUUAUAUGUAAUUUUGAAACAAACAUAUGGUUCAGUUUGCUUUAUACAAAUUGGCAAGGAAAAGGGAAAAAUCUAAGACAUUGAUGUAAUGUUUAUUAAAAAGUGUGAUGUUUAGUGAAAUAUGAAAGUAAGCGUUAGUGAGGCUGAUAGUAUUAUUGCACAUAUUGGGACAUAUACGAGUGUACAGUUAAUUAGUUCCAUUGGAACCCUAUCUAGGGCAUGAAUUGUGUUCUGGGGGAAAUGAAACCUUCUAAAUGGACAGGAGAAAGGUGAGAAGUAACUAAAUGGGUUUUCAGUAUUGGCUUGCCAAAGCUAUUGCGUUUGUGGAAGCAUUUAUUAGAGCACAUAAUGUUUUUACCUUGCCUGUGGAUAGUGACUGUGAGGUCAGUUUGACAGUAGUCAAUAUUUUACCUAGGUACUAGCACUGCAGCGAUUGCUACACUUUAGUUCAGGAUGACAAGCUUCGGUUAUGGUUUUUCUGUUCUUUUAAGUGUAAAUGGACAGACACAGGAACUUGGCACGAGUCCUAUAUUUCAAUCAAAAGGUCAAUAGAUUGGCAAAGAAAUUAGUCUGUUCUCAUGUUAAUCAUAUUAAAUCAUGUAGUUUAAAAGCAGGACUCAACAGCCUAUGUUAGAGUGUGCCAUAAGCUGCAAUGGCUCCCAGUGGACAAAGCAAUGUACUAGUUGGUUAUAAUAUGCUGGUGCUAUACUGGCUAUAGUGUGAGAGGCUCGUACCACUAGUUAUAUGAAACGAUUUGCUCAGCAUCUAGAUACUGAUAGUAUUCUUAAAUGAAAGAAUUGUCAGGGAAUCUUAAGAAAGGGAAUAUAGAAUGAUACUGCAACAAGAGAAAUGUUGUCCCGCAAGUACUUUGUACUUAUUAUUGACAGUGAUAAUGUUCUGGAGAGCUGCAAGACUUAGUCAUUGAGAGUAACCAAUAGGAUGAGUGAGUUGGCACAAACCUAUCAGGUGGAACAGAUUAUUUUUGUUAUGAACAUAUAAUGUUUCUAUUAUUACAUAAUAUUUGAAAAGGGUUUUGUUAUUUUGCUGCCCUUUAUCUCUCCCUUGAUGCAACAACUGUGUGUAUGUGUGUAUUGGAAGCCACCAGAAAGUGUGACAUCUGAAUAAGGUUUGCAUUUGUGAUGUGUGAUCACCUCAGGUUCGCAUGUUUAUGGAUACAUUAGAUCCAUUUGUGAAUUAGAUUGAGGUUGGUAUGUAACAAACCUUGCAGAAUCACACUUUUAAUGAUGGCUGGAGUGAAGCGUGUCAUUACAAUACUAUGUAUUGUGGGCUGUACUGGGUGUGUACCCAACCAUUGUGUGGCUGCACCCUAUUGCUGCCCUUAAGUCUCCAGGCUUAGAUAGAGCUACAACAUAGGUGCUGCCUCAUUGUUCAUUCUUCCAGUAGUGUGAGUGUGCCAGUAAAGUUGAGGUUUUACACCGUGUUUAGUUCUUAUCUAGUUCUCAUUGUGGCUAUGUGGUGACAUAAGGAAUGUAAUGGGUGCAGCUAGACCGCUACUUAGCGGUAACUGUGUAGCUCAUAUUGAUCUUGAGGGCCUACCACACCUCGACAUUGGCUUCUCAAUUGUUUUGAAGAGCCUUUGUAAUGUUCUACAAAUUUCAUUAAUUAUAUUUUUGCAUUAGCCCAUUAAUUAUAGUGGAAGUGUGCCACAGUUUUCAGGUAUAUAUGUAAAAGAAAGAAAUAAUGAAAAUUAUUAUUAGUGAUGGCAAUCUUUUGCACAAUAACAUAUUGGUCAUUAUUUUGGUAUUUAUUUUGUAGGUCAAUUAUGUAGUGAGGUGUAAGGCUGUUAAAUACACCUUUUUAUGUCUAGGAGGUGGCCCUCUCUUGGCUUUUCACACUGACCUUCCUACACUCUCAAUAAAAAGAAAGUUGAA